UUUGGCAGAAGCAAGGGGCGAGAACGUUACAGAUGCUUUAAAAUCUGAAUACUCUUCAGUUUCCUUCAUUGACGCCUGUCUAGACGCAAAAUCACUCGCUUUAAAAGUAUAUAUGAAUACGUUUUACGGUGAAGCCAGGAAUAGCGGGUCUCCUUUCUUCUUGCGAGCAUUAGCAGGUGAGGUAACAUCAGCUGGUCAGCGAAAUAUCAAGCUCAUUGCCGAUCUUAUCAGAAGAAAAGGAUUUGGUGUAAAAUACAGGGAUACAGAUUCCUUAUACCUUGUCUGUCCAGAAGAAUGCUUUCAGAAAUGUGAUGAGGCAUAUGACAAUGGUAAUGGGAUCUCGAAAGAGGAAUAUUGGUCUAGAAUGGUGAAUAUCUCUAUGGAAGUAAUAGAAAGACUUCGUAAUGAAGUUAAUGACUUUCUCAGAAAUGAUAAUGGAUCAUCUUAUCUCAAAAUGGCAUAUGAGGAAGUCUUAUUUCCAGUAGUAUUUACUGGAAAGAAAAAAUACUAUGGCAUCUCACAUAGAAGAGAACCCAACUUUAAUAAUAAGCUUUUCAUUCGAAGGGUUGAGAUUGUAAAGCGAGGACAGUCUAAACACUUUCGUGAGGUAGAUAAGAAGGUCAUAGAUGAAUCUAUGAAGGUGGAUAAUUCGCAUACCUUAUAUCAGAUUGUGAAGGAUGUACUCAAAGAGAUCAUAAAUGAUAUUUUACAGAUAGACCUUACUGGGAUGGUUAAAACUGCUGUGUAG